AAAAAUCCCUCUUUCUCCUCCUCCACGAGAGUUUUCUUUCGUUCGAGCACCACAGAAACGGAACAGAACAUAACUGAACUACUGUCCCGUUCGUCGGAGGAAUCCAGCGUAAUCUACGGUCGCCUUUGCACUGCGCAACCCCGAAUUCCUCCGCCUCCAAUCAACCGAGACGACAGGAUAUGCCCCCCAUAUCUUCAUGAAGGUCAUCUGCUUUUGGAACUUACAAUUCUUGGAGUAGCGCCCUUCUGCAUGCAGCCUGGGGAGGAUCCUGUUUCUUACAUAGAUCAAACAGCUGCUUCUGAUUUGGGGCUCAUGGCUGAUCUUGCGCUGAUAGCUAUAGAAUCUGAUAUGAUGUUGUCCAAUAACUCUCUUGUCAUUGGACAACAAUUUGCUGACGUAGAAACUUGCAGAAGGACGUUGAAAGACAUUGCUAUCGCCAUGCACUUCGACCUCAGAAUAGUAAAGUCUGACCGAAGCCGGUUCAUUGCCAAGUGCUCUAAAGAAGGCUGCCCAUGGCGUGUUCACGUUGCGAAAUGCCCAGGUGUGCCAACCUUCUCAAUUAGGACAUUACAGGGAGAGCAUACAUGUGAAGGUAUCCAGGACCAUCACCAUCAGCAAGCAUCGGUAGGCUGGGUGGCUAGAUCGGUAGAAGAACAAAUUCGAGAUAACCCCCAGUACAAACCGAAAGAAAUCCUCCAAGAAAUCAGAGACAGACAUGGGGUCGUGGUAUCUUACAUGCAAGCAUGGCGUGGGAAAGAACGCACUAUGGCUGCCCUCCACGGUACUUUUGAAGAUGGAUUCCGUCUCCUUCCUUCAUACUGUGAACAGAUAAGGAAGACAAACCCAGGUAGCAUUGCUUCUGUUACUGCAACCGGACAAGAAAACUGCUUCCAAAGGCUGUUCAUCUCUUAUCGAGCUUGUAUAUACGGAUUCAUCAAUGCUUGUAGGCCUCUCUUGGAACUUGAUAAAGCCAAUUUGAAGGGGAAAUACCUUGGCACCCUUCUCUGUGCUGCUGCCGUUGAUGCUGAUGAUGCAUUAUUCCCCUUGGCGAUUGCUGUUGUCGACAAGGAGACUGAUGAACACUGGAUGUGGUUCAUGUCGGAGCUCCGGAAGCUUCUCGGUGUCAACUCCGAAAACAUGCCUCGACUCACCAUAUUAUCUGAGAGGCAAAUGGGGAUGGUGGAGGCAGUUGAGACACACUUCCCUAGUGCCUUCCAUGGCUUUUGCCUUCGCCAUGUCAGCGAGAACUUCCGAGACACAUUUAAAAACACAAAGCUCGUCAACAUAUUCUGGAGUGCAGUUUAUGCCCUCACAACUGCUGAGUUUGAAAGCAAGAUCUCUGAUAUGGUGGAGAUUUCUCAAGACGUUGGACCCUGGUUUCAGCAGUUCCCACCUCAGCUAUGGGCUAUAUCCUACUUUGAAGGGAUGCGAUAUGGUCAUUUGGCACUUGGGGUGACAGAGUUGUUGUACAAUUGGGCUCUCGAAUGUCAUGAAGUCCCGAUUGUGCAAAUGAUGGAGCAUAUUCGUGAGCAGCUGAAUAUGUGGUUUGAGUCUCGUCGUGAUAUGGCCAUGAGUUAUAACUCGGUCCUUGUUCCUUCUGCGGAGAAGAGGAUUGCAGAGGCUAUUGCCGAUGCUCGGUGUUAUCAGGUGCUCCGUGCUAAUGAAGUGGAGUUCGAGAUUGUGUCGACCGAGAGGACUAAUAUAGUCGAUAUCAGAACUCGAGUCUGCUCGUGUCGGCGUUGGCAGAUAUAUGGAUUACCUUGUGCGCAUGCUUCAGCUGCUUUACUCUCCUGUGGGCAAAAUGCCCAUGUCUUUGCAGAGCCAUGUUUUACUGUAGCUAGUUACCGUGAGACUUACUCUCAGCCAAUAAUCCCGGUACCUGAUAAGAGCAUGUGGAGAGAAGUACCAGUCGAGGGAACCGAAGGUGGGGGCGCGAAAGUUGAGAUCUUGAUACACCCUCCUAAGACUCGACGACCACCUGGAAGGCCUAAGAAGAAGGUUCUUCGUGUAGAGAACUUUAAGCGACCCAAAAGAGUUGUUCAGUGUGGUCGGUGUCAUUUGUUGGGGCAUUCUCAAAAGAAAUGCACAAUGCCGAUUUGA